AUGCAGAACCAGCUCUGCCGCGAGCUGGAGAUCAACGUUGAUGAGAAUCCCUGCGAUCCCAUUGGUGCAGGGGUUCUGCCACCUCCGGCCUUGAAGUUCUACAACAUCAUGGCUGCGCCAGGUUUGGAUGGGAAAUGGAACCUACGCAACGCCCAGUUCUUGACCCCGGCGCAGGUGGACGGCUGGAUUAUUGUGUCUGUGACUGAAGACUUUGGCGUAAGAGAGUGCGACGAAUUGGCUCGAGAGAUGCGAACUACGCUGCAGGGCCAUGGCUUAGUUUGUCGAGAGGGUGUGUACAGUGAACCGUAUGUCUAUGAAUGGGCGUGGGUGGAGGGUGUGUAUGGUGAGCCGCAUGUCUAUAAAUGGGCGUGGGUGGAGGGUGUGUAUGGUGAGCCGCAUGUCUAUGAAUGGGCAUGGGUGGAGGGUGUGUAUGAUGAGUCUCAUGUCUAUGAAUGGGCGUGGGUGGAGGGUGUGGGUGUUGAGCCGCAUGUCUAUGAAUGGGCGUGGGUGGAGAGUGUGGGUGGUGAGCCGCAUGUCUAUGAAUGGGCGUGGGUGGAGGGUGUGUAUGGUGAGCCGCAUGUCUAUGAAUGGGUGUGGGUGGAGGGCGUGUAUUUUGAACCACAUGUUUAUGAAUGGGCGUGGGUGGAGGCUGAGCCGAGUGUUGCUGUGGGCUUUCAAGAGAGUCUUGAUGACGCUUUGCUACGUGCCUGCCGGCCAUUCCAAACAUGCCGUCCCGACCUCAUCUUUGUUGUGGAGGGGUCGUCUGGUCAGUGGAAGGACGUGAAGAGAUUCGGAAUGACGAACGACAUUGUCACGCAAUGCUGCCUCGUAAAGAAUGCCAGAAGGGCAACUGAACCUCGAGGGGGCCAAGUGCGGUCUAAUCUCGCCCUGAAAAUCAACUCAAAACUGGGGGGCACCAACUGGGUGCCGGGUGUUCGUCAAGGCGAGAACGUGCUGCGGCCCUUUAUCCUCGGCAGCACGACCAUGUUGCUGGGCAUUGACGUCACCCACCCCACCGGAGAGUCCAGUGGUGCGACCUCUGUGGCAGCUGUUGUCGGGUCAGUGGACGACAAUCAGUCCAUCUAUGCCAGCCACAUCUUCUGCCCCGACAACGACGCCGAAGAGGUGCUGACACGGGAAGGACUGAACGAAGCACUCACCAAACUGGUGGACCACUACAAAGAGCGGCACCACGGGCAUGCGCCCGAGCGCUUUAUUCUGUUCCGCGACGGCAUAUCUCAAGGCCAAGUCCAAGAGGUGCUGGAAAAUGAAAAGGACGGCAUCAAACGAGCUCUAGAUGAGCUCUGCCCAAUGGGGCAUAAGUUGGCCAUCAUAUCUUUGCAGAAACGCCAUCGCGUCCGCUUGUUUUUGGACCAUAACAACAAGAAGACCAACCCGGUGCCUGGGCUCCUGGUGGACCAGGACAUAACCUUCCCAGGCGUCGAUAAUUUUUUUAUAAACCCCCACGUGCCUCUGCAGGGUACUGCGCGCCCCAUGCAUGCCACAUGUCUGUGGGACGAGAUCGGAAUCACCAGCGAGCUGCUGCGCCUGGUGACGUACUACGAGUGCUACUCGCUAGGCAGCUCAACUACUAGCAUCUCCCAGAGCACCCCAGCACGCCUGGCACACCACGCCGCCUACCUGGGCCAGCAGUUACGGGCAGCCGGGGCAAACAUGCGGGACAUCCGCGAGAUGAACUCCACCAAUCUCAUGCACUUUUUAUAG